GGCUAGUGCACUUGACCAUAUAAGCCUGCCUGCUUGGUUCUACUGCACUCCGAUGCCAGCUAAGCAUUCUUCCAGCUGUGAACAUUUGCGGUUUGUGCAGUCAAGAUGAGUGGUGUUGUGGUAAAGAACAUGUCCUUCAAGCUGGGCCAGACCCUGACCAUCACAGGGAUCCCUAACUCUGAAGCAACACAUUUUGUCAUCAAUGUGGGCAACAGCGAGGAUGACCUCGCCUUGCACAUGAACCCUCGCUUCGACGCCCACGGAGACACCCGGGCCGUGGUGUGUAACUCCUACCAUGGAGGCAAGUGGUGUGAGGAGCACAGAGAGGGAGGAUUCCCCUUCAACCAGGGAGAGGAGUUUAAGAUAAAUAUCACCUUCACCAAGGAGCAGUUCCUAGUUUCGCUUCCCGACGGCUCUGAGAUCCACUUCCCCAAUCGCCAAGGAGACGAGAAGUAUAAAUACAUGCACUUCGAGGGCGACGUCAGGAUCAAGGGCGUCGAGAUCAAGUAGACCAGUCAGAGUGGAGAAGAAUCCUCCAUAAGGCACUCAAUUGGAUCUUUAGCUUUCUUGUCUGGCUGCUCAUUGGCUUUCCAGAGGUCCACACACACACACACACACAAGCCUUAUUCUUUUUUACACACUCACCAUAGUCUGACUUAAGUUAGUUUUAAUGCUGCCAUUCCUAACCAAUGCAUGGAGCCACUAACAAGUGAAACCUACAAGUAAAAUAUGUAUUUUACAAUGGCAGCCCAUUACAAGCUUGGAAGUGUUGAAAUGUGAAAAGUUCCCUGGUAGUUAAAUUAAUAUCAAUUGUUUUAUUGAAGAUAAAUGUGUCUUUCAUUAAUGUGGAACAAUCAUUCCAGAUCAUUCCAGAAGUGGUUUAAGAAAAGUGCAAAGUAUUUGUUCAUUAAAAUUCUUUUUUUUAACCAUU